UUCAGCGCUUGCCAAAUGUACGCCUCUUGCCGGCCGUUCUCUGCAGCUCUGCAGCUCUUUCGUCAUCUCAUUCUUUCCUAGUCUCAAGAACACAUCCAGGUUGUUGGAUCAAGCGCUACAAAAGUGUUCUGGCUGUCAUGCUCCGUCCUUUCUCCACUCGGUCCGCGCGUAUACUUUCCCGACAUGUACAUGUGUGCAAUUUGUCGUCUUCAUCGAGUGCCUCAUCUUCACACCAACCCAAUUCACCCGUGGAACUGGACCCUUCUUUCCAAGCCCUUUUGAACGAUGUAGAUUUAUCGGUGUUAAAGCACCGAGCGCGCCACGGCCCUGCCAGUACUUCCGGUUCAAACUCUCCCCGGGAACUUGAAGUCAUACCAGUCGAGCAUGUCCCUGAUACGGAUUAUUUGACGUCCGAGGACCUUGAUUCUAUGGAAGAUCGGGAUGAAAAGGAUCGCCGGAAAUCGCCUGCUGCACUAUUUGGUAGUCAGCGUAUUGGUGCAGUGGUCAUACCAUUUGAGCUCCAGCAGACCAUUAACCGGUUAAUAUCUGAAUCUGACAAGCCUAUGCUACACGCUGACGCGGAAAGGCUGUUCCUGGAUGAAAAUGGCGAAUCUGCUGAGUGGAACGUUUCAUUUGACAAGAAAUACAAGUCGCGCCGUCAGGCCUAUCUGCAGGCAGAGCGUGACGGUACUGCCUUCGCUUCGGUCGCUCUGCCGGCGCAUUAUUCCGUGUUGUGCUCAGUGAUUGAUCAUAUCAAGCAAAGGCUGGGUUCGGAGUGGAAAGUCAACCAUGUUAUUGAUUGGGGUUCAGGCACCGGAAGUGGACUUUGGGCGUCCACACACUCGUUCCAGAAAUCAUCAAGUUUCAGUUCCUCGGAAACGUUGGUGGAAACGCAAUUAUCGCAAUCCGCCGUCCUAUCUUACCUGGGAAUUGAUAAACGUGAUGGGUUGGUCAACAUUGGGAAGCGAUUGCUGAAAGAUAUCAAUACGGGCGACACCAACGUUACGUGGAAACGCUCCUUCCAGGGAAGUGAGCCGAUAGUAAGAUCUGAGAAUGGUGAAAUCCUCGCCCUGUCAGCAUUCUUGCUUUCGACUUUACCGUCUCCGGUGGCACGGAAAACACUGUUGAAGGAGAUUUGGGAGAGUGGUGCAGAUAUCAUUGUUCUAAUAGACCAUAGCUCCAAGGCUGGGUUCGAGGCCAUUUCCGAGGCGCGAGAAUUUUUGCUUCGCAAAGGCCGACAACAGCUAGAUGAUCCUACUCUGUCAGAUUUGGUUCUGAAGGGCUCUCACGUCGUCGCUCCGUGUCCACAUGAUGGCGCCUGUCCUUUAUACCAAGCUGGAUCUAGCAAGCUGAUCUGCGGCUUCUCACAGAGGCUCCAAAGACCCGACUUUGUGCGAAAGACCAAACAUUCUGGCAUCGGCCAUGAGGAUACGGGAUACUCGUAUGUUGUCAUUCGACGAGGCGUCAGACCGACUCGCGUACACACCAAGGUUGGACGAAUUGGUGAGGUCGGGCGACGAGAACUUGAGAAGCCUAGCCGCGUCCAAGCGCCCAUCUCUGAGUUGAACCCUGAUGGAGAACAGCCCCACUCGAUCCAAGAAGCAUCGAUUGUUGGCGCUGAUUCAGGCGACAUUCCGACCCCUGCAAAUGAAGAGAUUACUGCGGCCCUUAGAGCAGAGGCGUAUAGUUGGCCUCGUCUAGUAUUCCCUCCACUUAAGAAGAGCGGUCACAUCAUUAUGGACGGGUGCACCCACGAAGGUAAGAUCAUGCGGAUGACCAUCCCUCGGUCACAAGGUAAACAACCGUUCUACGAUGCUCGCAAGUCGAGUUGGGGAGAUAUAUUCCCUCAUGAGCCCAAGAACCGCCCACAAGAGCGCUAUGUGCCUCAGGGUGGCAAGCGUCAAGACGGCAUACCGCUCAAGGGUGCUGACAUAGGCAAGAGGGGAAACAAGGAUCUGCGACAACCGAAAAGAGACAUAAGAGCGUUGGAAGACGCGAGACAUGAACGAAGGAGAUUGCAAAAAGAAGAUCGAAAAUCCAAAGACGCUUACUACGGCGACUGAGAUAUGCCGGCCACUCUGACUCUUCCCGCUUCUGGAUUAUGAUGAAUUGUAGAUUAUGUAGCUAUAGCACUACCUCCACUCUGUAUACUUAUGCAUCGGAUAUCUGUAUGCCGGGGCCUUGGGCGGAGCUCAGGAUGACCUUCGUAAUAGCAGUCGCUGUGACAACAUUGGUGAGCGCCGAAGGAGCAGUCAAAUUCAAAUUCUUACAUGGCUUGUUGGCGUUCUCUUUCUUGCCUUUCUCUUUACCAUCUUGUAAGUUUCCGGUGGCGCGCUUGACAACGUUCAUGAAGUAUCGGACGUUUUUAACCACAUCAUCCACUGGGUAGUGUAGCUAAAAAAGCCGCUGUGAGAAGAGGACAUGUUAAGACACCGAGCACAUACUUUGGCAAUUGGUGUGCGAAUAACUCCGGAUUUGUCACCCCUCC